AUGAAGUCACCCUAUUUCCCAGCGAGGUCGGUGCUUUUCCAUAAGGAGCCAAAUGGAGUGACGUACAGAGUCCCGGCACUGCUCUACCUGUCCCACUCCAGGUCCUUCCUGGCCUUCUGUGAAGAGAGACUCAGCCCGUCCGACUCUCAGGCUCACCUGCUGGUCAUGAGGAAAGGCAGUUUCUACAGAAAUUAUGUGGAGUGGGAGGACAUGCGAGUCCUGGGCACCGCUUUCCUGUCAGGCCACCGGUCCAUGAACCCAUGCCCAGUCUACGAUGAGUUCACAGGUACUCUCUUCUUGUUCUUCAUCGCCGUUCUGGGCCACACCUCAGAGUCUUAUCAGCUGGUGACCGGCAAGAAUGUGACCCGACUCUGCUACAUCUGCAGCACUGACGACGGAGACACCUGGACUGCUGUCACCGACCUUACAAAGAGGGUCAUAGGAGACACUAUUAAAGAAUGGGCCACUUUUGCUCUCGGCCCGGGCCACGGUAUCCAGCUGAAGUCAGGUCGCCUGCUCAUUCCCGCCUACGCUUACCACAUCGAGUGCAAAGAGUGCUUCGGGCAGCUCUGCCAGACCACUCCCCACGCCUUCUGCUUUCACAGUGACACCCAUGGGAGAACCUGGCGAUUCGGAGAGGCGGUGCCGGGCCCAGAGAGCGUGGAGUGUCAGAUGGUGUCUGUGGAUGAAGAGGAUGGGACUAAUGUGUUGUACUGUAAUGCUCGCAGCCCUCUCGGCUACAGGGUGCAGGCCCUCAGUCUGGAUGAUGGAGCAAUGUUUCAGGAGGGGCAGCUGGUGCAGCGGCUGGUGGAGCCUCGAAAUGGUUGUCAUGGUAGCAUUGUUGGAUUUCCUGCACCAUUACAUCUGUGCCAAAGACUUAACCAUCACUUUCACCAACCUGUACACCGCUCCAGACACUGGACGCCCUGCAUGACCCACUCCAAUCAGACCAUCUCUCCCUCUCCAAACAUUGCUUCUGUUUCCACCAGCCCUUUGUCACCCAAUCACAGUGCCCCUCCAGAUUUCCUCACCCCCACCUGGGUAGUAUACUCCCACCCAACAUGGCCCACUGCACGCAAGGAUCUGGGCGUGUUCCUCAGCCUAUUUCCCCGUGAUCCAGACAGCUGGCGGGGCCCCUGGGUGAUCUACGAGGGACCCAGCGCUUACUCUGACCUGGCAUAUCUGGAGCUGCCUCCCUCACCUGGAGCGCCACCUGCCGUGGCCUUCGCCUGCCUGUUUGAGUGUGGUGCUAAAACAGCCUACGAUGAAAUCUGCUUCACCAUCUUCACCCUCUAUGAGCUCAUUGAUAAUCUGCCUCGAGAUGUGCGGCUGGGAAAUGACGGUGAUGAAUAUAAAAGACAGCAGAAUCAGGUUUCCGAGACAGGUCGGAGUAGGAGCAAUGGUCCUCAAAGUACAGCAGUUUUCCAACAAGUGCCUCAUGUGAAGAAGAGGAGAAAGAGGAACAAGUUGACUGAGAUCUGCUCUGUGUCUUAA